AAAAAAUGAGGAAAGCUUCUUUUAUAUAGAGACAUCAUCAUUACAACUCAAAAUGCACUCCGAUCAGUAGAUAGAGAGAUAGACAGAUCCAACCAAAAAAAAAAAAAAAAACUCAACUUUGAUUUUCAUCAUUUAAACAAAAGAAAUGGCUUUCUCUUUUCUCAAAACAUUUCUCAUCAUCAUCUUCAUCUUCAUCUCUCUCUCAUUUCCUUGUCUCUCUUCUUCUCCGACCAUUUCUUCCUUCCAAGAGCUUUCGCCGGAGAUCGCCCCUCUCCUCCCUUCCCCCGGUGACGCUUUACCUUCAGACGACGGGAGCGGCACAAUCCCAUCUUCACCAAGCCCUCCUGAUCCCGACACUAACGACGGCUCCUACCCUGACCCGUUGGCCUUCGCUCCCUUCGCUUCUCCGCCGUUUUCUUCUCCUUCUCCGCCGUCUCAUCCUCCCGUUGGAGUUUUACUCCUCACCGUUAUCUUCUCCUCCGCGUCGCUCGGGCUUCGUAGCGUAAUAACACUACUAUAGUUCACUUGGCUUAUACAUCAACGGACGUUUUGGUAUUCACGUGUUUGUCCAAAUGUAUAUCGUAAACUAUAUAUAUUACAUUUUUUUUUGUUGCUUCUUCACGACAAUGCGAGAUGCUAAUCAUUUCGAUUAAGCAAUCAUUUGCUUUAUAUGUAAUCACAACGAUUAAGUUCACCAUUUAAUAUAUUAGGACCAAUUGACGGGAAACAA